CUUUAAAAAUCCCAAUUCUCCCUCCUUAAUAUCUAUCUUCCUCAAUCUCUCUUUUGUUAUUCAUCUCUCUCUAUUAAAUUUGUCGUAUUAUCAAUCGAUCUCUAAGUUCGAUUUGAUUUCACCAGGACAAAUAUAUACAUAUGGGAUCAAUUAAUCUUUUCAGUCCAAUUAGGCCAAAAUCAGCUGAAUUCGUGGUGUCGAGUGCGGUCGCUGAAUUUAAAGGUCCGACAAUAUUCGGCGUCGUCCAUUUAGCUCAAGUGAGCACGGAAGUGACUAAGAUAGAAGCUAACUUUAGUCGUUCGCCACCUGGAAAUAAUAAAUAUAAUUAUAAUUGGUCGAUCAAUGAAUUCGGUGAUUUAACGCAAGGUGCUGCCACCACCGGUAAUGUAUUCAAUCCCACCAACAACGUACACCAGCCACUCGGUGAGUUGGGAAGGUUAAAAGUUGAUGAGAAAAACGAGUCGGUAUUUAUUUCUGGGACGAAAGAGACGACGCUGAGAGUUGAUGAUCUAAUUGGACGAUCGAUUGUUUUAUAUGCAACCGAAGGUAAAAAUUCUUCAGGUGAAGGUAUUGCAGCUGCGGUGGUCGGUAGAAGCGACGAGGGAGGAAUUAAUAACAACUGCACAAAGCUUUGCGCUUGUGACGGUACAACUAUAUGGGAAGCUUUGGCCUAGCUACAUAAUUUUAUUCAUUUAUUUUGUAUUAUUUCAGUCUUUGUAUUUUAAUUUGUUUGUAUGAAAUUAGUUCAAUUUGGAUCCGGAAUUUCUAUGAAAUGAUCAUAAAGUGAUUUGUUGUAAAUGAUUUCACUAUUUAGUCAUCA